AACAAGCUAAUAUGAAGACAGCUCAAUUAUUGGCCAUAUCAGAUGAGAAGAGAGCUAUCGCUGCCACAAUAUAUGUAAGAUAAAUGAGCUACCAGAGGGAACAAUAAUUCCACUAGCUAGACUAUUCUUCCUUUCUGAAAAUUAAAUCUAAAGUUCUCUUCUCCGAAUGGCUGCAGUCAUGGAAGUUCCAAAAGUUGUUUAUAUGAAUGAAGGAGAAGGAGAAAAUAGCUACUACAAAAACUCAGUUUAUCAGACUAACGUGAUUAUGAAAGCCAGGCCUGUAUUAGAAGAGUGCAUAGUAGAGUUAUGUCGCACAAAUUUGCCAGAGUGCUUCAGAAUAGCUGAAAUGGGAUGCUCGUCAGGACCCAAUACACUAUUGCCGUUACGGGAAGUCGUUGAAACAAUCGAUUCCACCUGUAAUGGGCUGAACAAGAAACUGCCAAUGUUGCAGGUUUUUUUGAAUGACCUUCCAGGGACUGAUUUCAACACUAUUUUCAAAUCAUUGGUGCCUGAAUUUCAAGAGAAAUUAGAGCAAGAAAUGGGUAAAAGGUUUCCGCAUUGUUUCAUAGCUGCAAUGCCUGGAAGUUUUUACGGAAGGCUAUUUCCAAAGAAUUUUCUGCACUUUGGUCACUCAUGUUCCAGUCUCCAUUGGAUUUCUCAGGUACCUGAAGAGCUUUCAAGUGAAUCUGGGAGAGCACUGAACAAAGGUAACAUUUGCUUAGCUGAAACAAGUCCCCCAAACGUCCAUAAAGCAUAUCUGAGUCAAUUUGAAAAGGAUUUCACAACAUUUUUGAAGUCACGCUCGGAAGAGAUGGUGAUAGGAGGUCGAUUUGUCUUCAUCAUCUUCGCUCAGAGUAGUAUUCCUUAUUGCAAAUAUGGCAAUGAACUUUGGCAGGCACUUGGGUUUUCAUUGAAAGAGAUGGUUGAUGAGGGUCAAAUUGAAGAAUCAAAGUUUGACUCAUUUAAUGUUCCAUUGUAUCAUCCUAGCGAAGAAGAGGUGAAGCAUUUGAUUGAAAAGGAAGGUUCUUUUACGCUUGCGCGACUCGAAAAGUUCGAACUGAGUUGGGAUUCAAUUGUUGAUUACGGUAACGAAAGGGCAGUGUUGGAUAGGUUGGAGAGAGGAAAGUAUGUAGCAACUUUUGUAAGAGCUGCUGCAGAAUCCAUGCUGAUAAGUCAUUUUGGAGAUUCCUUGAACAUUGAUGAUCUGUUCGACAGAUUAUCACUGAGGAUGGCUGAUCACUUGGAAAAGGGAACUGGUUGGCUCAAGAAUCUGAUCGUUACCAUUGCAAAGAAAUGAAAUGACAAAACCUUUCCAAGAAUAAGUGUGUGUGGGGUGAGCUAUCAGUCGUUUUGCUUAAUCAGUUUGUGGUGGUAAUUUAAGUAAACGAUUUGUGCUGUUCUUUUAAUAAGAUUGCUUCUUCCUAGAGUAAUUUUAAAUA